CCGGAAGUAUAAAUUAAAAUAUAAAGCGCUGCUUGAAGGGGAAGUGUUUUUAAGCACGAGAACUUUGGCUGGUUAUUAAGACAAUUAUGUCACGACAACUUCAAGCGCGCAGAACUGCCAGUCUCCGUAAAAAUGUUUGGGUUGAGUUCACACAACUGGCAGCCGACUACAAAGCAGUGAAUCUGGGACAGGGGUUUCCUGACUUCUCCCCUCCCAAAUUUGUCCAAGAUGCUUUUUGUAAAGCCGUGAGUGGAGGAUACCAAAUGCACCAGUACACCCAACCUUUUGGCCAUCCUCCUCUUGUACACAUUCUGGCUAAAUUCUUCGGGAGGAUAGUGGGACGUGAGAUCGAUCCUUUAGAAGACGUGCUGGUCACAGUCGGAGCUUAUCAGGCUCUCUUCUGUACAUUUCAAGCUCUGAUUGAUGAAGGGGAUGAGGUCAUAAUUGUUGAACCGUUCUUUGACUGCUACGAGCCGAUGGUGAAGAUGGCCGGAGGAAAGCCAGUUUAUGUACCUCUGAGGCCGAAAGUCGAGGGGAGCGCCGUCCCGUCCAGUGGAGACUGGGUUCUUUCUCCUGAGGAGCUGGCCAGUAAAUUCACUCCACGCACAAAAGCCGUCGUCAUCAACACUCCCAACAACCCACUGGGCAAAGUUUACAAGACAGAGGAGCUCCAGGUGAUCGCCGAUCUGUGCAUCAAACACGACGUGCUGUGCAUCAGCGACGAGGUGUACGAGUGGCUGACGUAUGAUGGGAACAAGCAUGUGAAGAUAGCCGGCCUUCCUGGCAUGUGGGAGCGGACCGUCACCAUCGGCAGCGCAGGAAAGACCUUCAGUGCUACCGGCUGGAAGGUCGGCUGGGUCAUCAGCUCUAAGCAGAACAUUCAAUACCUGAAAAUCAUCCAUCAGAACUCUGUUUACCACUCUCCGACCGCCGCUCAGGAGGCAGUAGCUCGUGGAUUUGAGAGAGAGUACGAGCUGUUCGGGACUCCAGAGAGCUACUUCCAGCAGCUGCCUGCCAUGUUGCACCAGAAGAGAGAGAAACUGGCCUCCUGCCUGGGGGGCGCGGGGCUGCAGCCCGUCAUGCCGGAGGGAGGCUACUUUAUGAUCGCAGACAUCUCGUCUGUCAAGGUGGACUUGAGUGACCAGGGCACUGAGGGUGAGCCCAACGACUUCAGAUUCGUCAGGUGGCUCACUAAAGAGAAGGGUUUAGCAACCAUCCCCGUGUCUGCGUUCUACAGCCCCGAGCACAGCCGGGAGUUUGACAAAUACAUUCGGUUCUGUUUCAUCAAGGAGGACGCCACCCUGAACGCAGCCGAGGACAUCUUGAGGAAGUGGAGUCAGACGCAGUAAAAACCGUCCCGCCACAUGAAGCGUUACCCCGUCUCUCCGGAGUCCGUCUGUCCGUGGUCGCCUCCGCCACUGAAAUGAGCCAUAAUCAGUGUGUCUGUGUGUCUUAAUGGCACAGCUGGGUACCUAAAGACAGUGUUCUCUCCAUACAAUAAUGCACUUUGUGUAACUACUUAGGUUUCAACAACAAAUACUUUAGAUUUUUCAAGUAGAAAUUUGUAAUAAAACUUUUAAUGAAUCCGCACUGUUUUUUUUGUUAGUGUUUCUCUUCUGUGUUGUAGCUUCAGAGUUCUCAUGUCUUGUUAAGUGUAUAUUACAAUAUUUAGUUGUCCGGGAAGAGUUUGUAUUUUUUCAGAGACUUGAAAAAUGUGCAGCAACUGUCUUCAUGUUUCAAUCUCAAUAAAUGGAUUUCAUCACACUGAACC